UGAUGGUGACUCGUAUAGUGACAAUGGUGGUGAUGAUGGUGAUGGUGGUGAGGGGAGGAGCCACGCCGGAUCAUCACCACCCAGACCCAUUCUCUUACACCCAUCACCACCUUGACCCCCAUCACCCCUCCCACGGCACCCACCUCUCCGCCCUCCACUCCUCACCCCUUAUUCACGAUCCCCACCACUCCACUCCUAUCCACGGCCCCAUCCACUCCACUCCUAUCCACGAUCCUCACCUCACUCCUAUCCACGAUCCUCACCACUCCACUCAUCACGACCCCAUCCACUCCACUAUCCAUGACCCCCACUCCUCACUCUCUCUCCUAGACCCCCAUCACUCCACUCCGCAUGAUCCUCACCACUCCACUCAUCACGACCCCAUCCACUCCACUAUUCAUGACCCCCACUCCUCACUCUCUCUCCUAGACCCCCAUCACUCCACUCCGCAUGAUCCUCACCACUCCACUCAUCACGACCCCAUCCACUCCACUAUUCAUGACCCCCACUCAUCACUCUCUCUCCUAGACCCCCAUCACUCCACUCUGCAUGAUCCUCAACACUCCACGGCCCUUCACGACUCCCACCACUCCCACGAACGUAAGUACGAGAAGCGUCCCUCCAAUUUCGGCUACAGCGUGAAGGAUGACUACCACGGCACCGAGUACUCCAGACACGAGACCAGCGACUCCAAGGGUACCACAGGACACUACCAGGUUCAGUUGCCGGACGGGAGGCUGCAAACAGUUAUCUACCACGCCAACGACGACGGAUACCACGCUAAGGUCCUCUAUGACGGCGAGCCUCAGCACCCACCUCCACGGACCCACCACCAACACCACCCCGUCAACCACCACCACACCACCACGGCGAACUUGAAGAACCACCACCCAGUCAUCACCACCGACCACCAGGACUUGAAUCAUCACCAAAAUCACCACAUUGCCACUAGUACAAGAGCGGAUCACGGACACUCCAAACCGAUUCCAAACGACCAUCUUGAUCACUUUUCCAUCCCCACGCACGGCAAGAAGGAGUUUCCAACCCUCUAUAGAAGCGAUCACAACCUCCUACGGCUGUCCUCCAAAUCCAAACACAACCCAAACCACCACAACCACAAGAACGCAUUCCACGUCACCUCCGCGGCACCACCAAUCCACCACUCCACCCCCAAGGGACACUUCCACCACACGACGGCAAGCCCCAUCCCCAACACCAUCCACAUCUCCACCACGAAGCCUCACCACCACUCCACGCCGUCCCCAAUCCACGCCUCAACACCAUCGCACCUCCACCAACACCAGCACCACGGAAGACAUCAAGGGGUGGUGGAAGGACUGACAACCACAUCAACGCUCUUUGGGGGACAGCUGAACCACCCUCAUCAACCCAGUAACCUCCACAACACACACAUUCAGCCAAACGGGGACCUUCUCCUAUCUCCACCAGCCUCGUUAGCGCAGUUCGGAUCCGCAAGACAGUUUGACAUCCGCAGCAACCUCAUCCCUCAACCCAGCUCCCCAGUACCCGUGAUAGUUAAGAGUGAUGAUUCCGCGCCAUCCCCACGCCCUCAACACUCCUCAAGGCCACAGGAACGUCAAGUAAGGCAGGAGGAAGACCCGUCGCUUCCUCUGUUCACUCCCAGCAUCUUCGUGUCCACAAGAUCGGGGGAUUCGAAGUCAGGAAGGGAGGUCAGCCCAGCACCUCGCAUCACACCCCACGGCCACGCCACGCCCAAGAAAGAUGUGAACGAGGAGACAAGGAAUGAAUCAGGCUUUCGCUCUGCCACGCCACGGGUCUCCCCAGCCCCGAGGAUUACCUUCAAAGGAGAGUCAAGAGCCUGAAAUGUGUUCCGUGGCCGUGCCGGUUCUAAGCCUUCGUUGAGCGCCCAAGAAAGAUUUGAAAGGACUUGGAGACACAGAAUAAUCCACUCUUUCGCUUCGAAUUGCCGCGCAUUUCCUCAACCUCCAGAGUUACCUUUAAAGGGGAGUCCAGGUAUGAUGACUUCCCUGUGACAUAAACUGGGCGCCCAAGAAAGAUGUGAAAGGACAUGAACAGACGGAAAAUGAGCUACUCUUUUGUUCUGAGAAGCCGCGGAUCUUAUCAAACCCAAGAAUCAUCUUCAAAGCACCGUUGCCAGAUUAUCGUACUCAGAGUAUCAUAUUCACCGGUUUCUGACCCAUGACUCUUGCCAAGAAACACCAAUAAUUAACCACUUUAACGAUUACUCUAUAUAAAGCCAGAUAUUGGGGCCCAGGGGACAGUGUUUGGGUCGGAAAUCGGCAAACAUAAGAGGCUGAGUACGACAAUAUGGCAACGUUGCUUCAAAGGGGAAUCCAGAGCCUGAAAUAUGCUUCAUGGGUUCUAAGCUUCCAUUGGACGCCUAGAAAAGAUCUGAAAGGGUUCGAGACACGAUAUAUGUCUCUUUUGUUCUAAGACACCACGGAUCUCCCAAACCCCGGAGAAUAACCACCAACAAGGUUCCAAAAUCUGAAAUAUG